AUGGAUAAGUGGCUAAAUAGAGCAACAGACAAUAAAUCUACAUCUGAAAACUGUUCAGUAAGUUCUGCUUCAAUUUUGGGAAGCGCAAGUCAAGAUGUGAAUAAUCCUAUGAAAAUAAGAAAAUGUGUAAGGAAAUAUGAGUACAUUAAUAUUGGAUUCACGGUCAUAGACGUAAGCAAUGAGCCUCGACCUCAAUGUGUUAUCUGUUUUGAAAUUCAUUCUAACCAAUGUAUGAAACCGUCCUUAUUAAAACGUCACCUUUCUACAAAACAUUCGACGUUAGAAAACAAAGCAAAGUACUAUUUCGUUCGAAAAUUGUCAGAGAUGAAAAGCACGAAAAAAAUUAUAUCAUCUUUUAGCGGUAGUACUGAAAAAGCAGUGGAAGCAUCUUUCUUAGUAAACUUAAGAAUAGCGAAGUGUGGAAAACCUCAUACCAUCGGCGAAGAACUGAUUUUACCGGCGGCAAAAGAUAUGGUAACUUGUAUAUUAGGUGUUCCGUCAGCUAAACAACCUGAUAUGAUAUCAUUGUCAAAUGAUACAGUUCGCCGCAGGAUUGAAAGUAUGGCAUUGAAUGUUAAGGAAAAAUUAAUUGAUCAACACUAUCAACACGAACUACCGCUGACGAAAUAUGUAAAAAGUUGA